UCUUCCUCCACAAGUCACCUGUUUGCUUGUUCUAAGUCUUCUUCAGCUUUUGAUCACUCCACUGCUAUGAAGGCUUUCCUCAGUAGCUGCCAUUUCUUGGUGCUGCUUUUUCCAGCAGUGACAGCUGUGAUCUGUUAUCACAAUUCUUUGGUUGAAAACCCAGAAUACAUACAGGGAGAUUGCGAAAUUGAAGGUGGCUUUUGCUUUUCUCGUAUAACUGACAACCAUUUAAAUGUCCCUUCCAGGAUGGACUCUGAAGCUGGAUGUGCUACAAAUUGUCCCAAAACAAAUUACAGUUUCACUACACAGGGAGGUUUUUACUUAAUUAGUAGCACCUACUGCUGUCAAGAUGUAUUAUGCAAUAUGGACGAAUUGGAGAAGCCAAAGCUUGGUGACUUCAAUGGGCGACAGUGUGAGGCCUGUCAUGCUCCUGCCUCAGAAGGAUGUUCGGGCUUGAAUACUAUCAGGUGUCGUGGUGCUGAGACUCAAUGCAUUUCAUUUGUUAUUGUUCACAAUGACAGUUCCAUUUCUGAUGAGAUUUAUCAAGGCUGUGCCACCCCAUCAUUUUGUGACUUGGCCAGGAAUUCCCCAUAUAAUGAACACUUUUCGGGCACUAUAACCAAUUCACGAUGCUGUGAGACGCUGCGUUCAUCAGAACAGCUCAACUUUGAAGGGUAGUUAGGAGAUGUCUUCUUCCUUUUGGAUUCCACCAUUUGCUGCAGUGGUGGAGAUGGAGGUUGCUUGCCUGGUGGUGGGAGUGCAGAGCAACUGGGAUUCACAGCACUCCUGAGUCCUCUCUUUUGCAUUUUGUGGAGGGUGAAUGGGGUGCAGAGGAUAGAAAAGCUAAAGUAGGAAUAUGGGGUUUGGGGCUCUGGCUCAUAAUAAUAUGGCAUAUGGGUUAAAAUUUUCUUUGUUCAUAAACACAAUAAACUGG